AGUUUGAGAAAACAGAACAGUCUCCUAUAUUCCAAACAUCGUAUCAUUCGUUUGUUUGAGGAUAAGUACAUACUUAUUUACUCCUUGCAUAGUAGAAGUUUUUACGAGACAAUUUUAUACUUUAAUCAGGAUGUCACAUACCAAUCCAACUUACGUGUUAAAUAUCAUUAAUGAUUUCAACAUAUUAUUACAGUUGUAGAACUAGUUGGUUUCCAAAAUAUUUAACCUCUACCUAGUGAAACGUCUGUUUACUUUUGAAAUGUAAAUAUUAAUACAAUUGAAAACAUGUGAGUAUUUACAUUAGUUUGGCAUUCGUGCCAUUAAAUUACAUUUUAUACUGUAUCUUCGCGAUUUAAGAUGCAACAGUAUUUACAAAAUCUAAAAGUAACUAUCAGAAUAAAGCUUCGCAACACAGACAAAACUUAUUCCAUGGAUCAAUAAAUUCAUUAAUCUCUCAGUAGAUGGCACAUGCUUCGCCGAGUCGUCCUGACGAAACACCUGAUUGGCUUCUUCGAAAGUAGUUCCAUACAUGUGUUUCAUUUCCCGCCUCUAAAACGGUGUUAUUGUGCAGACCCCUCUAGCGAGCAUUGAGCCGCCGCGAAUACGUUGUGGCGACUUGGAACACUGCCGCUGUCCGUCAUUCGCGUUUAGAGGUCUAAGCGAUAGUGUUGUGUAUUGUGAACCGGAGCAACAUGGAAAAGAGGAUAGAAUUAGAGAAGAGAGGAUUGAGUCCUGAUAAGAUCAUAGAAUUGAAUUUGGACAACUGUAGAAGCACAAGUAUUGUCGGUCUCACAGAUGAGUUUGUGAAUCUUAAAACAUUGAGUCUAAUCAAUGUGGGUCUCACUAACUUGAAAGGCUUUCCAAAAUUACCCAACUUGGAGAAGCUGGAACUGAGUGAUAACAGGAUAUCUGGUGGUCUAAAUUUGUUAUAUACAAGCCCAAAACUGACACAUCUUAACCUUAGUGGUAAUAAAAUCAAAGACCUCGACACACUUGAACCAUUGAAAGUAUUUGAAAACUUGAAGUAUUUGGACUUGUUUAACAACGAAGCAACGUCGAUUGAUGAUUACAGAGAAAAGGUCUUCAAUCUUAUUCCAAGUCUUAAGUAUCUUGAUGGUUUUGACAUGGAAGACAAGGAAGCAGAGGACAGUGAAGCUGAAGAUGACGAAGUGAAUGGAAAUGAUAGUGAAGAUGAUGAUGACGAAGGAGGACUGGAGGAAGAAGAUGACGACGAUGAUGAAGACUUGGAUGAAGAAGAUAUCGGUCUGGAAACUGUAUAUAAGGAACACUUAGAUGAGGAAAGUGAGGGAGAGGAUUACGAAGGUGUAGAAUAUGAGGAGGAGGAUGAUCUAGUUGAUGAAGAGGAUGAGGCGGAGGGUGAAGAAGGGGAGGAAGAUUCCACGCCAAGAGGAAAGAAAAGAAAACUAGAAGAACCUGAAGGAAAUGGAAAUUAAAUAUGGUGAACAUGUGAAUGUGGUACCAGUUUUCAACACCCUCAAACUAAAUUUGACCAAUGAGGGAAUGGAUUUGUAAGACAAUUCCAAUGCCUAUGUUCCAAUGGAAUACCUCCCGCCAAGAUCGUCCGAUGACAGGUCGUGUCAUCUCUUACCCCGAGUGCACUUAUUAUUUGUUGUUCGUCAACCUUUGCGGGUCUGUUGUUCAUUGGAAUGUCGGUUAGAACUUCCCAGUUGGCAUCUGGAAUCUCGAUCGAGAGUGCUGUUUUACCAUUGGUCGAGGUGACUGUUCUGAAUGCCAACUGAACUACGAAUGGACAUUUUUAGUGGCUGAUAUUUUUGACUCGGCUACUUAUUAUGCAAAUUAAAUAUGAAGUGAUUUUUUUGUACAGAAAGUAAAAUAUUAAAUCUAUUGCAUUAUUUGAUGUACUUUAUAGCACCUUUGAGCUAGCAGCCAUAGAGGUAAAAUUAGCAAAUAUUUGUUUUUAAGAUAAACUAUAUCAACUGUAGUUUACGUUAUAAGAGUUGAGUUUGUUGUUGGUUUAUGCAUUAAGCCAGUGAAAGGUGGGCGAUGAUGCAUUUUACCAGUGCAUAUUCAAAUUGCCUUAUUGGGUCAGGAAGGGUUGGUUUUGUUGUUUUGCUACCUGUGAAAGAAUGGUUCAAUUCUUGACCAUCAAUUUGCAUAAUUUCCUCAUAACUGAUUGAGGUUUUGUAGGUCAGUUUCCUGACAUCAAAAUUUAUGUAAUUACGAUGACAAGUACAAAUAGUCUGAAUAUUUUGUGUGACAAAUCAGUUGCAGAUUGAAAAUGAUAAUCUCUUGUAAUUUUAUUUUGGACCUGCCAACCUUGUAUUACUCGUGUGUUGAGGAAUUUGUUACUUAACAGUAUUCAGGUAGGAUGUGUUUGUCAAUUUUGUUGUUAAAAGUGGAUUUUUAUCAGAAUUAUGGUCUCAUUUAUUGUACCGUUCCUUCCUGUUGCUAGCCUGCUCUUUUAAUACACUCCUGUUCCUGUAAAUAUGUAAGAAAGUAGGUGUGUAACCAGUGUUGUAAAGCUGUGUCAUGUCAUAUAUACUUAUUUCUGUAUUAAAACAUUUUUAUAUUAAUUUA